GACUCAUUUCCAGCUUUGAGAAGGACCACCCGAUCAUAUCUCUCCAAAUGUUCGUCGCUUGAUGGAAUUGAAAUUAUCAGACAAAACCUUCACAAUUCGAUAUGUCCUCUCAAUCCUCUCAACUUAUGGAUGAAUGCGUUGACUCUGGUUGUCAACAACGUUUCAGUAACAUGCCUUCGGAAGUUUUGGUCAGCUCUACAACAAGACCAGAGCUCAGAUGUGCCGGUUACCUGUGCCUAACCCAAAGCCAAAUCAUAGGCGUCUUUGUCUUUGAUAUUGUAAUAGCUGUGGUCAUACUGAUUGGCAAUACACUGGUUAUACUCAGUGUCGCCAGGACGCCCUCACUACGCUCUCAGAACAACAUCUUCCUGGCCAGUCUAGCCGUGGUCGAUUUCCUGCUCGCUACCAUCUGCAUACCUCUCGACAUCAUCGUCGGAUUGGGGUUCAAGCCCGACGUCUCGCCGUGGGCCUGCUUGUCCGUGAGCGCCGUCAUCACCACCAUGGUGAUUCUCACCAUCUUGCACAUUACCGUGGUCGCCUUUGAUCGCUUUCUCGCCAUCACGUCACCGUUCACGUACCAGCAGACGAUGACGAACGGUCGGGUAGCAUGUUUUAUCGCCGGCAUUUGGUUGAUUACCCUGGUGCUUAGCUCCACCGCUUUCGCGUGGAAUAACGUUCAUGAAUUCUACUACACCGCCUGCGAUCUCCUCUACAUCCUGAGUAAGGGACAUCGUAUCAUGCUCGUCGUGCUCAUCAUGUUUGUAUCGCUUACGCUGAUGUCCUAUUGGUACUUUCGCAUCUACCGCGUCGCCCGUAGUCAUCGACGUCGGAUAGCCGCGCUCGAGCGCGUUCUUGAAACAAAAGCAUUCGCUCGGGCCAAAUACGCUACAACGCUCAAAAAAGACUUGAAAGCCGCCGUCACGCUUAUGCUCGUUUUCGGCCUCUUCAUCAUCGGAUGGCUGCCGGCAUCGUUUAUGACCAUCAUUGACGUCAUCGUCCCCGACGUCCGUCUAGACGAGAUAUACGUCUACGAGCUCAUCUGUUUCAAAAUCGCCUUCUCGAAUAGUGCAAUGAACCCGAUGAUUUAUGCGGCGAGGAGCAUGGAUUUUCGGCGGGCAUUUGCUCGACAGCUAGGCCUGGUCUUCAGGUGUGCGUGUUGGACCAAAGUGGCUUCAAAAAGGCCUGAUUCUAGAGCAAGUGACAUCAAUCGAGAAGUGUCUGCUGCCACACUUUCGUCGACGGUUAGACUGAAUUAAAGCAAAACACAACGCAACAUAAUGAUUUCUUAUUAAAUCUAUGUGCAGAUUUAAUUUUUCGACUGAGGUAUGCGACGUCUUUCUUUAAUUUGUGAUGGGAACAGUGGUGAAAAGGCAAGUGUCAAGCGCAUUGUGCACCGUUAUGCCUGAUUACAAUAUAAAAAUUGAUUCAAUAAACAUCUUUUUCAAAAAAUGGUUUUCUUUGUGUACGUAUGAUGAGCAUGUAACCUCACACUUUGCCAUAAAUCACCUAGACAACAGUAGCAAUUAUUUUGCCACCUAUUCGGGAACAAAACGUGAAAAGUAAACUACGUCAGAGAGUGCGGU